CUCCACAGUUACGUCCCUUAUCUUCGACUUCCUUUUCCGUUUAUUAACACAUUGAAAAAAUGGCUCCCAGAAAAGGUGCUGGCAAGGGUGAGAAAAAGAAGAAGGUGACAAACGAAGUCAUCACAAAAGAAUGCACCAUUAACAUACACAAGAGAAUCCAUGGAAUUGGAUUUAAAAAGAGGGCCCCAAGAGCCAUCAAAGCUGUCAGACAAUUUGCAGAAAAGAUGAUGGGUACCCCUGAUAUAAGAAUUGAUACAAGACUGAACAAGCACUUGUGGUCUAAGGGAGUAAGGAGCGUACCCUUCAGAGUAAGAGUACGUCUGGCUAGAAAAAGAAACGAUGAUGAAGAUUCAGUUCACAGACUGUACACACUCGUCACAUUUGUACCUUGUGCAUCAUUUAAAGGAACACACACAUUAAAUGUGGACAGUGAAUAAACUCUGUAAUAAAGAAAAAGAAAAAAAAAAAAGUUUUAUCUAUGUAUAUGUAAUGGAAAUUCCCUUCCUAGAAACAACAAGCACAAGGGGAGACAAUAACACAGUUUUAUGUCAGAUGUAGCAAAGUAUAUGUGUUGUCAACAUAAUAUUCCAAAACACUUA